AUGGUGAGGAAGACUACUGUUUUCAUCCAGGGACGACCACCAGGUGGAGAGGAAGACGUCGAGCCUUCAUCCAAUGACCACCAGAGAAAGCUACUGCGCAUGCACUGGGGGGAGGGACAGUAUGUAAAUGAAUUCCCGGAAAACUGGUCCCGCUCUCGGGAGCGCAGCCCCGGCGGGCCUCGCGCCUCCGCGCACCACGGGCACCACCACGGCAAGGCCUGGCCCGAGUACUACGAGAAGGAGAAGGAGGAGAUCCUGCGGCAGAGGAGACUGAAUGAGAGAGAGCGAAUCGGAGAGCUGGGCGCACCUGAAGUCUGGGGGCUUUCACCAAAGGUUCCUGACCCUGAUUCUGAUGAGCAUACACCAGUAGAAGACGAAGAGGCAAAAUCCAAGAGUAGCUCUUCGGAUUCCAGCUCAGAAGAGGAAAAAAGGAAAAAGAAGAAGAAAAGAAAGAAGAAAAAGCGGAAGGCAUCCAAACGAAAACACAGAAAACAUUCUGAGGACAGUGACAGUGAGUCAGAGUCCGACCAGAGCUCCAGUGAUGAAGAUAAAAAGAAAAGCAAAAAGAAGAAAAGGAAGCACAGGAAGAAGAAGUAUAAAAAAAAGAAAAAUAAAAAGAGCCGAAAGGAAUCCAGUGAUUCAAGCAGUGAAGAUUCUGAUGAUGAAACACUUCAAGGGGAAGAUCUCUGGAUUGAGAGAUCAAAAAAUACAGAAGCUGAUAGCUUGAUUGGACCAGAAGCUCCCAAAACACAUGCGUCUCAAGAUGAUAGGCCCUUGAACUAUGGGCAUGCCCUGUUGCCAGGUGAAGGUGCAGCAAUGGCAGAGUAUGUAAAAGCAGGAAAACGCAUACCUCGGAGAGGUGAGAUUGGCCUGACCAGUGAAGAAAUAGCAUCGUUUGAGAGCUCUGGUUAUGUAAUGAGUGGCAGCAGACAUCGUCGAAUGGAAGCUGUGCGUCUGCGUAAAGAGAACCAAAUUUACAGCGCAGAUGAAAAGAGAGCUCUGGCAUCCUUCAACCAGGAAGAGAGGAGAAAAAGAGAGAAUAAGAUCCUUGCAAGCUUUCGAGAGAUGGUCUACAGAAAGACUAAGGGCAAAGAAGAAAAAUAAUUCCCCAUUUGAACUGUAUGCCAUAGAUGCUGUCAAGCAGCAGCUGACCUGUUCCAGCUCUCAUUUGAAAAAAGCUGCAAGUGCUGCAGUGCCUUUCACCCAACAGGACCAAGCCCCAGGAACUGAUGAUUUGUAUCAAGAAAACAGGAUUACUUCUAUCAGAUUUUCUUGGAUGAUUUGCUCACCACCUGCAAGGAAUCCCUGUAAAUUGAAAGAUUACAGGGAAGGAACAGGCAAGGAAAGCUGGAGGUAGUCAAGUUCUGCGCUCAUUCAGAAUUGGACAAACAGGUGGAUUCCAUGGGAGAGCUCUGGGACAUGCUGCUGAUGCUGAUAAGUGCUGUUUUGCAUUUUUUUCUCAUUAAUGAGAGUAGAUUGGCCAUCACAAGCAAGCUGCUACUGAUGGUUAUGAAAAUUAAGGAAUCCCUAAAUUCUUGUUUAUGUAUUUUUCAUAAGUUUUAGAUAUUUUUUUUUAUCAAAAGAACAUUGAGUUUGUUUUGUGAUUCCAAGUACACUUGUAAAUAGAAAUAAGUUUGUAAUUUAAUAUAGAUUACCUUCAGUUACUUUAAAGGAAGCAGACUGCAACUGGGGUAUAAGAUGACAGUAACAGUAGUAGCAAGGUCUGGUCUGGAUUGUACCAAACCCUGUGGUCAACAAGUAAGUUGCUUGCUUCUAUUUCUACUAUGUUAUACAUAGGUAUUGGAGCAGUGGGGUGCAGUGGUUGGAACCUGGUUGUAGACAGGUGGUAACAAGGAAGUAUCUUUCAAUUUAUUUUAUUUUAUUUUGUCUAUGGAAAUGUUCUAGAUUAAAGUCUUAUUUUAA